UGGAGGGGAGGAGAUAUUGAGGGCAGGGGCUGCGCUUGGUGGGAGGAGUGAAGGAGGGGCCGCUGCUGUCUGGCUUGUUUGCAGACGGAUCUGCUGUAUCCUGGGCAUUCUAUCACAGUCCUGAAUAUCUCCCUGUACGUUCUCCUCCCGGAUCCCAUUUACCGAACUGGAGACCCCGCAGAGCAUGUAACCAGUUCCUGUCUACAGAGCCAUGGACCGGGCCAGCCUGGCCGGAGGGAAUAGGGGGGACCCUGGGCAACUCAUCGUCCGGUCCCUGGACUUCAAGAGCCAGGGGUCGCAGUGCUACAAGGACAAGAAGUACCGGGAGGCCAUCGGCAAGUACCACCGGGCACUGCUGGAACUGAAAGGGUUACCAGGGGACAGGGACUGCCCUGGGGGCACCCAGACACCGGCCCCCCUACCCGGACAGGGGCACCUAACGGAGGAGCAGCGCAGGGCGGUGGAGAGCAUCGAGGUGGAUUGCUACAACAGCCUGGCAGCAUGUCUUCUACAAGCAGAGUUGGUGAAUUAUGAACGGGUGAAAGAUUAUUGCUUGAAGGUGCUUAAUAAGGAAGGCGAGAAUUUUAAAGCCCUUUACAGAUCUGGAGUGGCCUUUUACCACCUGGGAGACUAUGACAAAGCUCUGUAUUACUUGAAGGAAGCCAAGAGCAGACAGCCAACAGAUACUAAUGUGAUUAGGUACAUCCAACUGGCAGAGAUGAAGAUCAGUAGAUGUUCCCAAAGAGAAAAGGAGGUAUCUUAAACCCAGGAGUAUUUCACUGUGCGUAGGGUCACAUGACUGAGUCAUUGCAAGCGGUAAAGGUUAGUGACCCUCUGUCACUUACCUGCUCUCCCAGUUAUUAGCUCUUUCAAAGUUCCAGACUUGGAAUUACUCAACUCUGCGUAAAUACCUGGAUCUGCUUAUCUAAAGAACUAGGAACCACAAAGGACCUUGGACCUAAACAGAGAAUGUCCAUCAUGCCUCUGGUGUAAUACUUAAUGCUUCUGCAAAACAAUCCGCCCUCAGCCUGCAUCCUCAAUUGGGGUUUCAAGAAACAAGUUGCUCGUUUUAUUUAUUAUGUUUCUGCAUAUUAAAAUGGUCUAACACAA